GGCCGUGCGUGGCGCGCGGGGGCAGCCGAGCCGAGCCGAGCCGAGCCGAGCCGAGCCGAGCCGAGCCGAGCCGAGCCGAGCCGCCUCCUCCUCCCCUCGGCUCCCCGCCCGCGAGAACGCGCGCCCGCGCGCGUGGCCACUGGUGGCGCGGCCGCGCGCGCGCGCGCUCGUGAGGCGGCUCGGCUGGUGUCGGCGCCUCCCCGCAUCCCGCGCCGCUGUCGGCGGAGCCCGGCGGCCGGGCAGCGCGGCCCGGUCCGGCAGCCGGGGCAUGGAGAGCCUGCUGGAGAACCCGGUGCGCGCCGUGCUCUACCUGAAGGAGCUCACCGCCAUCGUGCAGAACCAGCAGAGCCUCAUCCACACCCAGCGCCAGCGCAUCGACGAGCUGGAGCGGCGGCUGGACGAGCUCAGCACCGAGAACCGCAACCUCCGCGGGCAGCAGCCGCCCCACGCUGAGCCGCCGGCAGUCCCCGCCGAGCCGCCCCAGGGCUCCCCGGCCGAGCAGCCCCCGUCGGCGCCGGGCCAACUCGACCCGCUCCAGCACCACCAACAGCUCCCGGCGCAGCCGCCGCCGCCGGCGGGCAAGCAGGCACCGGCCGGCCCCGGCGGCAGCGGGCGGGCUGCCGGCCACCAGCACCCCGCCGUCCAGCCCCACCAGCACCCCGCCGAGAAGGACGGCAGGGAGAAGGGCUGCUGCACCGCUCUGCUCCAGCACAAGCCCCACCAGGCCAUCAGCAAAGGCGUCCUGAGCCGGAGACCAGAGAAUGAAACUGUUUUACACCAGUUUUGUUGCCCAGCAGCUGAUGCAGAGCAGAAGCCUUCGUCUCCAGACUCCUCACCAAGUGACGAUCCCAGCGGUUCCACAAGCAAGAAAGCCGGGUGUGAAACGGAGGAUCCGAAGGAGGCCGGCAGACAGAGUGGCCAGGAAGGCAGGUCCGACACCCAGACGCUAAAAGCCCAGCAUGCGGAGCUCCAAGAAGAGCAGGCAGCGGGGUGUUCCCCUCUGGUGCAGAAGGCGAGCCUCCACCACACGGGCUCCCCAGUGAGAGUGCAGCGCAGCAAAGGGACGGCCUCGUGUUCCCAUGCAGCUGCCUCCGAUUAUGAGCUCUCCCUUGACCUAAAGAAUAAACAGAUCGAAAUGCUAGAGCACAAGUACGGCGGUCACCUGGUGUCUCGCAGGGCAGCCUGCACCAUCCAAACUGCCUUCCGGCAGUACCAGCUCAGCAAGAACUUUGAGAAGAUCCGCAACUCGCUGCUAGAGAGCCGCAUGCCACGCCGCAUCUCCCUGAGGAAAGUCCGGGUCCAGAACUCCGAGAGCUUCUCUGCUGAGAAAGCCCUGGUGGAGGGGUACAACUUUGUGGGCAUCCCACUGGUGAGGUCCCCAUCUUUGCCAGCCACCAUCAGUGGGGCACUGACCGAGUUGGAGGACUCCUUCACGGAACAAGUUCAGUCCCUGGCCAAGUCUAUUGAUGAUGCCCUCAGCACUUGGAGCCUGAAGACAAUGUGUUCACUGCAAGAUGGGGGCUCAUACCAGAUAAGGGAGACCUUCAGUGCUAGCUCAAUGCAGCCAAACCAAGACUUAGAAGCUGAGCUGCAGGACAAGGAGAAGGAGGAAGGGCUCCUGCCAGACACCCUACCCAAGAGCAGCAGCACUCUCAUGAUGGCUUUUCGAGAUGUCACAGUCCAGAUCGACAACAAGAACAUCUCUGUCUCAUCGUCUACCUCGGUGUCCAUGGCAAACUGCCUCAGCAACAAUGCCCAAGCUGGGCUCUCUCAAGCUACCAAGGCUGAAGAAAGCCCAGGAGAAGGGGAAGAAGAAGCCAGCGAACCACCGGCUGCCCCAGAGAGCUUACCUGAGUCCACAGCUCUCCAGAACAGCCACACUUUCACCGAGGUGAAUGUCAAUGCUAAUGGCACAGGAGACAGCAGUGCUGAGCCUGGACAGAUGGCAGUGCAGAAGCUCCAGUUUGAUGCUAGCAAUGAGACAGGGCAAAGCAAAGGCUCUGAGUCUGAGAAUGCAGACAACUCAGAGCAGCUGAGCAGCAGCAGCACCUCCACUUCAGCCAAGUCAGCCUCGGAGGUGUCCUCCAAAGAAGCACUGCAGGCCAUGAUCCUCAGCCUCCCGAGGUACCACUGCGAGAACCCAGCUAGCUGCAAGUCCCCCACACUUUCCACAGACACCAUGAGGAAGCGCCUCUACCGCAUUGGGCUCAACCUCUUUAACAUAAACCCAGACAAAGGGAUCCAGUUCCUGAUCUCCCGAGGCUUCAUCCCAGAUACCCCCAUUGGAGUGGCACACUUCCUGCUCCAGCGGAAGGGCCUCAGCCGCCAGAUGAUUGGGGAGUUCCUGGGCAACAGCAAGAAGCAGUUCAACAGGGAUGUCCUAGACUGCGUGGUGGACGAGAUGGACUUCUCAGGCAUGGAGCUGGAUGAAGCCCUGCGGAAAUUCCAGGCCCAUAUCCGUGUUCAGGGGGAGGCGCAGAAGGUCGAGCGGCUCAUUGAGGCGUUCAGCCAGAGGUACUGCAUGUGUAACCCAGAUGUGGUCCAGCAGUUUCACAACCCGGACACCAUCUUCAUCUUGGCCUUUGCAAUCAUCCUUCUCAAUACGGACAUGUACAGCCCCAACAUCAAGCCUGACAGAAAGAUGAUGCUGGAGGACUUCAUUCGCAAUCUCAGAGGGGUGGAUGAUGGUGCUGACAUCCCACGAGAGCUGGUGGUGGGAAUCUAUGAAAGGAUCCAGCAGAAAGAGCUAAAAUCCAAUGAGGACCAUGUCACUUAUGUCACCAAAGUGGAGAAGUCCAUAGUUGGAAUGAAAACGGUUCUGUCUGUGCCCCAUCGACGCCUGGUCUGCUGCAGCCGCUUGUACGAAGUGACUGAUGUGAACAAAGUGCAGAAGCAGGCAGCUCACCAGAGGGAAGUUUUUCUCUUCAAUGACCUGCUGGUGAUCCUCAAGCUUUGCCCCAAGAAGAAAAGCUCCUCAACGUACACAUUUUGCAAGUCGGUCGGCCUGCUAGGGAUGCAGUUCCACCUCUUUGAGAAUGAAUAUUACCCCCAUGGCAUCACACUGGUGACUCCAGUUUCAGGCUCAGAGAAGAAACAGGUACUACACUUCUGUGCUCUGGGUGCUGAGGAAAUGCAGAAGUUUGUGGAAGAUCUGAAAGAGUCAAUAGCAGAAGUGACAGAGCUGGAGCAGAUACGAAUUGAAUGGGAGCUGGAGAAACAGCAAGGAGCAAAGACUCUCUCAUUAAGGACCAACGGAGCCCAGGUGGAACUGCAGUCUAAGCAAGGCUCACCAACAGGCAAGAAGGAUUUGGGAGAGAAGGUCUCGGACAGCACAGUGGAGGUUUUAAUCAAUGCCUCCCCAGCCAGACUGACAAUUUUACCAAUUUCCAGAGAUACAAUUAAAAGUUACUGCUAGGACGGGUAAUACAACUUUCAAAUCCAAACUAAACUUCAAAGCAUUUUCAAUCCGUUUUUAUAACUGUAACAUCCCUCAUGGACCAAGCUCCCGAACGCUGUAGACUAACCCACCCCACUGCUUUUGGGGAGACUGAGAACCCCACUAAAGACUUCCCUGACAUGCUAACUCCAUGCAGCAUCACAUGCAAAUUCCCCGCAGCCCAGCUUUCCUGCACAAUCUCUGCAGCUCUGUCUCUCCAUCCCCCCUUGAAGGGGAUUAAGCAUGGCCUUUGUAUACCAGAGACUUUCCCUAGAGCUUCACCUUCCUAGGUAGGGAGCUUGGCUGUCCUAUGUACUUCUACCUUUGCAGGGAUGUCUAGCAUCCAGUGGGUUGCCUGUUUCUUCACAGACACCCAUACUUCCACUGCCUGUGAGGAAACAGGAAAAAGUGAUCUUCAGAACUAAAAAUCUUGUCUAUUGCUUCCUACUCUCUCCCAAUCUGGAAUAUUAUCGUUGUCCUGAAUUUGCCCUUUUCCAGGGUAGUUCUUUUCUCGUCAUAGUAUAUUUACUUGAAGAUUUCAGCUUCUCUGUGGGGAGUGAGUGCUGCUUCUUUUCCCUGAAGAGCACCCCAUUUCCCUGCAGACACCCCCUUCCUGAGAAGGUGCCCCUCCCAUUCAAUUUCCUAUUCCUGCUGGGAGGAGUGUUUCCUUGUGGAGAAUGGCUUCCAUGUAUCCUAAAGUCAUUAGCACAUCAUGGCCCAGCAACCAGUUUUUCCUAUGGGAUGUUCCACUGCCUGAAUAAAUAUCAACACAAUAUUAUGUCCUGCUGUACAGUGACUCUGAGCAACCUCCAUGCUUUUUCCAGCAUGGUGGGAAGCUUGGCCACUCUACAGCUUCUCCUUCCCAGUUGCUGGCACUGCUGCCCAACAUGCCAGACCAGCGGGACACCCCCACUGUCCCAUCUGCCCAUCUGUACCCCUGCCUAGCUGGAAGUGCCAUGCGAACCUGCAGGUACUUGUUUCCUACCCAGGGUUUGUCACUUGGCUGACACUCUGAUUUGAGCCGGCAACUUUGCCCUGGUUUGGGGUCUCCAUCAGCCCAUGUCCUUGCCAGGAGGAACUGUAACUUCAUCCACCAUUCGGGAAGCACCUUUUUCCUGCUGUGCUUCCCCCUCUAGGGACCUCCAGUCCAGACCAGCUCCUCCUUUUCAAACUGGACUCAGUGAGCUCCCUUAUUUGACUCCAUUAUCAGUAUCAAUCUGUGGGGACCCUGAUGACCUCCUGCUUCCCUUCCCCCUUUCAGCUGCCCAAGUAAUACUCUGCCAGCAGAGGAGCAUUUCCAUUUCUUUGAGAUUAUCUAAUCUGCUGCCAUUUCACCAUGAAUUUCUUUUAUCAUUGUAUGAGCUAGACGGGCAUUUUUUUCUUUCCUUUUUCUUUCUUUUUUUUUUUUUGAAAAUCAUUUCCUUUCACUGACAAACCAUCAAAUGGAUCAGAGGGAGCUGCCUUUUGCUAGAGAAUGUCAGAUUUCUGCUUUUUCCUUUGUAAACAGAUUAGCCAGUCAUGUGGUGUACCUUCCGACUCAGAAAGGCAGGGAGCUGGGAAAGGCUUGAGUCUCUCUGUCUGCCUCUAUCUCAGAUUCAGCUACUGUCAUUUUGCUGAAAUGUACAACCUUCAUUAUCUGAACCCUCGCUGUCUGGUUCCCCUCUCCUUUUUGCUGGUGGGGACAAGGGCAUGACCUCCAAGGUCCGUUCAUUACCAUGAGUAUUCAUGGACCUAGAGCUGAUUUGCAUUCCCUGUGCUGUUUGGAUAAUCAAAAUUGCACUGGUUUUGGGAACGCUGGCCCUGACGCCUUUGACGUGAUGGAAAGGACAGGGGCACUUAGGCCUAGAUGGGGAUGAUGGGGCUAUUGGGCAGUUCUGUGCAGCCGGGGGUUGUGUCUGUUCUGUUUUGGUUUUGGGGGGAGGGUUUAAUGCACUUGAGGCUGACUGGUGGCGGGGGCUCAGGGCAGCCAGUAGCAGCAGAUGGGAAAAGUCUUGUAACAUUUAAUGCUUCUUUGGCUGUUUCUAAACUAGGUGUCAAUUCACAACAGGCUUCAAACGUACCAGCACAACUCCGCCCUGGGGCCCGAGAGUGGAAUGCAGCCCAGCACGCGUCUUAACAUGCCACGGGAGCGGCUGGAGACAGCACUGGUGCCCUCGCACCCCGCCUCGGCGGGGACACUUGUACAGUGCCAGCAGAUUGUCAAAGUCAUUGUCUUGGACAAGCCGUGCCUCGCUCGGAUGGAGCCGGCCCUCAACCAGACUCUGAUACGCUAUGUCACCUCCGAUUCCUGCACCUCCACCCCCUGGCGCGGUGCGGGCAGUGGGCUCCCGGGGACCCCCAUGAAGCUGGUCCAUCAGCCUCCCCUCCCACCUCCACCACCUCCCUACAACCAUCCCCAUCAGUAUUGCCCCCCAGGCUCCCUGCUUCAGAGGCGCAGGUACUCCAGUGGCUCGCGCAGCCUCGUGUAGCCACACCACCAGCACCAGAACAGCACAGACUUCCCCGCUUCCCUUCCCCACCGCCUCCCGGGGACCCUUUCUGCCUACAGAGAUCUAGUUUGUGAUUCAUUUUUUAGUAAAAGAAGAAAAGAAGAAAAAAAAAAGAGAAAAAAAACAGCCGACUGACCUAACUUUUGCCCUGCCUCCCCUCAAGAUGAUGCUAAUUGUGAGGAGCCAUCUGUAGAAACUGCCAACCUUCAUGCUCACACAUCCUCACACCCUGCCAGCCCCGCUGGCCUCCUGUGCUCGUGCCGUCCCUGUGUAGCACUUUGCUGCGCUGUUCCUGAGAGGCUUGAUGACCUGCUGCUUUCUAGGCACUGUGUCUUCCAUUUGCUACUCCUCGACCUCCUUCCCUGCCUUGCAUUUACCUGGCCAUAGGUUUGUACCCACCCCAAAACUUUGCCAGCCUCGGAGAGAAACGGACUCACCUGUGCCAAGGACGAGCCUUGGGGCACUUCUGGGGAUGGAGUUCCCCCUGCCACCACUGCUGCCACCUGCUAAGCUAGAGCUGAGAACUUUUAUCACUUGCCACACUUUCUUCUCAUCGCUCUUCAAAUACUCAAUCCUUGCAGCAGCCGGUUCCAAGCAAAGGAGUGCACGAGUGAAAGAAAGCUCGAGAGGAGGAGAGACUGUCCUGAGCUGCAGUGCAACAUGAAGAUGGCCUCACUCUGAACACCAAAACUCUUUCUGUUGUUAUAUUGGAGCAUUGUACCAGAGACCUCUGCUGAGACCUAACAGGCCUCAUCACAUGUAAAUACACCUGUAUGGUAGCGUAUGUAUGGUGCAUGCUUACUAAAGGAAACACCAAGCAGUUCUGAGGGAGCAGAAGGGAUGAAGCCCAGGGAUCUUUCCUGGAAUGGUUGAGUACUUUUCCAAAGAGAUGGCGCCAAGAGGUGCCCUCCCACCUCAACACACACACACACACAAAGAUUGUCUCUCUAGCAUAAAACAGACCCACCUCUGCUUUCCUCCUUCUAGCUGGUUUUGUGUUUCCUGCCCACCUGCUUUUUUCUAUUCUGAAAGCAAAGCCAAGUGUUACGUUCACUUUCUGGGGUAGAUGUUCCCUCCUGCCUUAGAGGGAAGGGGCUUUUUGGAGACCACCCAUGUGAGGUCCCAUCUCUAUCUCUUGCCUGGCUGUACUCUUGCCUCCAUUACACCUUCCUAUAGGAAAGCUGCCCAGACUUCAAGGCCUUUUCUCCUCUCUCCUUCCCUAUCCUUCCCUAUCCCAGCUUCAAAGUAAUGGGAGGGGAAGAUCCUGAGAUAGAGAUGGCAGCUCAGCAACUCUGCUUUAUUGGGGACAGUGAUGUGAUGGAAGACAGCAUUAAAAAUGGGCUAUGGAUGUAUUUUUAGGAAAAAAAAAAUAAAUCUCUAAGCAGUAGGGAAGGGAAGUUUUUAAUUAUCUUAAAGGCUUUGGUCUUACUCACUCAUUCUAUCUCCCUUUGAGGCUUAGGAAGAUCAACUUUAGGAUUUUAAAAUACGACAGAAUGCCUUUUAGGGCCUUUAUUUUUAUUUCAUUUUAAGAGGGAAAGAAAGAAACGUUCUUCCUUCCUGUGCCAGGCUGAGACAUGAGCGCUGAGUGCUGAUGACAGGCAUUGGGUGAGGAGUAGCAGAAGUUGUUGGCAAUGGUGGGGAUGUGCAGAAUGUCAGGGAAAGGGAGACAGUGAAGGCAGACGCAGGAAACUCUUUUUUACCUUGCAAGGUAAAAUCCAGACAACGAUUUCCAUAGGGAUUGUGCCCCUGGGGCUAUUGCCAGUGACAAAACCCAUAGUGCAUCAGGGACUGGCUCCUCUCAGUGCUCUUUGGAUGUCUGCCGGCUCUGCUGAAAUGUUAGAUGAAAAAGUUCAUAUAUUUAACCUGGACAUAAGCCCAGCUGGGGUUAGGGAAGUGGACAAGGGCUGGGGUGAGGGGUUCCCUAUGCUUGACCAGCUAUCCAGGGCAGGAGCCUGCUCUCUUCCAGGUCCCCUUAUUUCUGAGCCUGACCCAAGGUGUGCCAGCAGGUCUAAGAUGUUUUCUUAGCUGUGUGGAGCAGGGCACUAGACUACUGCUUUUAUAAGAAGUAGCAAAUGUACUGAAAAGGAACAGGCACAGCCUCAGGGAGUACUGCAGAAGCAGAAGACAGAAAAAAACUGUAAGAAAAGCCUGAACAAAAGUCCAGUUUCCUUCCAGACCAGAGCAGCUUUCUUCUGUCCAGCCCCUCAGGGCAGUGAGGAUGCUCCGCAUCUCACAACCGGGUCCAGGGAGAGGUCCUCACCCCCAGCCAAGGCUCAGCCACUCACUCUCCAGCCAGAUGUGAGGCACAGCUGGCAUGAUCUGCUGCUGGCUCCCUCCAGGGUGACAUGCCGUCUCAUCACACAACCGGGAUCUCAUCCAACCUGCCCAAAGCUUCCUGGGAAAUCAUACAUGUGGCAUCAUGUCCAGUCAAUGUAGCGUGUAGCUACCAUUUUAUUUUGCUCACUGCUGCAGUGGAAGGGGUGGUAUCCAGGAGGGACUGGCACUGCCCUCCCUUCUCAGUGGUUACUUCACUGCCUGAGAGGAAUGGCAGUACUUGUUUGUUUGCUUUUUCCAAGAGCACAGCAAGCCACUGAAUGUUUGUGUGCGUGUGUUAAAAUAAAUAAAUUAGAUUUUACUUGACGUUUAACACGAAAUGACAACAAGAAAACCUGAAGGUACUUGAUGAAAUAAUUUUUUUAGAUAAAAUAUUUAUAACAAUGCCUAUGAAGUUCCUACAAGAGAGGUUUGCUGCUUUAAUAAUUGAUCAGGAGAGCUGCAAGAAUUUAAGGAAGAAAUAAGGAAGCUUCCAUGAGACUCCCUUCUACAUGCUGGAUGAAGGGUGGAAGCGAGUUAAAUGAAGUGCCAAGGUACCUGAGGCACAGCAGUCUCUCAGGGCAAGUUGGCUCCAUUUCCCUGACCUUGCAAAGGCUAAUGCUGGCCUUGAGCUUUGGACAGAGAAACAAAUGUAGGUAACACUUGCUGUCUUCUAGCCUGCUGGCUACACCACCUUCUGUUGGGUUCAGCUAGAGAGACACCAAACUACUCUAUUCCAGGUUGUCGUGCAACAGGUUGUUCUAAAUUCUACUGUGUAGCUGAGCCCUUUGGACUUCACUUCUAAAAGUAUGGAUAUUUUUUUCCUUUGGAGGUUGGCCUUGAAGGAUGACAAGCACUUUAAAGCAUGUCUACACCUCAUCUGAUCUAUUGUAUUGUCUGCUCCCACAGCUCUCCCACACACAAGCGAGACACACAGACUGAAUGUAGCUGUAGUAUGGUGUAUAGAUACCCUUGCACACAGACUGAUCUUUGACAGGGUGCAGGCUAGAAGGAGCAUGUCAGUGACAACCUAAUGAGGGAACAAAAUGUGUGCCACAGCUCAUCUGGAGGGACCAGUCCAAAGAAAAAUCACCAGCCCUCGACAGCAGUGAUUCUGCUCAUGAACCUAACACAAUCUUUCAGGUGGAGGGAUCAGGCAGGAAGCUGCUGCAGAUAUUAGAUCAACCCUAAUAACCACUGUCUUUGCUGUCGGAUUCAUAUCCUUCUAUAUUAAAAGAAGAAGGGAAGGGGGAGAGAGAAAAGAGAAGCCCAGAGGAAAGUAUUCUGUAUUCUGCAGUGAGUGUUGAGUAGUCAGUGGCCAAAGAAGAAGUUGGCUCUGCAGGAUGGAAGAAGAGAACAAGGUGAGGUCUACAAAGCUGCGUUAUGCAGACCAUCAGGCUCUGUCCUGAGACUCUCUUGCUCAUGCUGGUGCAGGGCCAGUGAAAUUAAUCUGUUUACACCAAUAGCAAAGGGAUGGAGAAACUGCAGCAGGAGAAGCAGGCUUAGUGCAAACAAUUUGGGUUUAAUGCAGUGUUUGUCCACUGCUGUAGCACUUUUAAUGCUAUAGUCUGGGCCACUGUGGUAGCAACACUUUUAGUGCUUUCUGUAAGAUCUUCAAAGCAUCCCACUGUUCACCUUUUCUCUCCUCCCUGUAGAUGAAAGGUGUGGAUACAGUCCACAACCAGAAUUUCAUCAAUACGCAAACUUCUUCAGACUUCUUCAACGAAAGGGUACCAGCAGAUUUGGAAGUGUUUGAGGGCCGCUGAGCUGUAAGAGUUUGAGUUCUGUUACGUGUUUCUUGGAAGGCUCAACCUGCAAUUAUCUGCACAUGUUUGUGAGGUUUCCAAAACAAAUCUGAGCCCUAGAUCAAGGAAGCUGCUGCUUGGCAGAGUCUCUGCUUUGAAAUGCAAGUUGCUGAGCAAGCUCCCCCAUCUCCCACUCCACCAGCUGCCUCACUGUGCUAGUGUAGGCUCCAGGGACUGCCGGCAGUGUUUCGUGAGCUAGAGCUGUCCUCGUCCUGCUUGCUCUUCCACAGCUAUGCCUGGGACAGCAGCUUUGAAGUCACCCACUCUUCAACACUAGUCACAACCCCAUCUGAAUGUGUCUUUUUAACAACUAACAACAGAAGUGUUACCUGUGUGUAGGCUUUUGAAAGCACCUGUCUGUCUGUACCUGUUCCCUGCUGUAAAUAUCACUGAGAAAAGCUUCCUUUGGGAAAAGUGGUGUGGUCACACCUAGCAAAGAGUCCAAAUGGCUACUAUUUUGUAACAAAAUUAACAAAAAUAGAUCAGAGGUAUUUUAUCUGUUCAAUUAAUAGAGUUUUAGAAAUUAUAUUGAGAUAUGUCACUUGUGCGCUAAUGUCUUCUUUGCCUCAGCCACCCGUCCUGUGUCCCUGGGCUCCAGCAGCGUGCACAGGCAGCCUUUCAGUUCUUAAAAGGGGCCUAUAAGGAAGAUGGGGAGAGACUUUAGUAGGGCCUGUUGCAACUGGACUAGGGGUGAUGGUUUUAAACUAAAAGAGUGGAGAUUCAGACUGGGUGUGAGGAAGAAAUUCUUUACAAUGUGGGUGGUAAAGUACUGGCAUAGGUUGCCCAGGGAGGCGGUGGAUGUGCCAUCCCUGCAGACAUUCAGGCCCAGGCUGGAUGUGGUUCUGGGCAACCUGAUCUGGUUGAAGAUGUCCCUGCUUAUUGCAGGCGGGUUGGACUAGAUGACCUUUGAAGGUCCCUUCCAACCCAAACUGUUCUAUGAUACUAUGACAUAACACACCAAGGCUGCACCCCCAAGGAGUGCUAAGCAUCGUGGCUCCCUGCUGGCCUCAGGGGCAGCCUGCUGCAGCUACUGCUGAUAUUUCGUGGAACACAGCAGGAGCUAGCUCAGCACUCAGGCUCUCUGAGGAUGAGAUCCAGAGGAAACCAGAAAGAAGUAAUCUUCUCCAAGAUACAACAACUCAAUGUAAAAUUCACCCCUGCAGCGAGGCAAAGAGGAAAACAGUGAGGGGGGGAAGUCAAAGCCAUUCUGUGCUGCAGCACCUUCCUUUCCAUCUUGCUGGCAGACUGCAGAGCCAGCUCCAGACCCUCUGUGUAGCUCUGCACCCCUGGGGAAGGCAGCUCGCACACCCAUGCAAAGCCCAUGCUGCUGCAGCAAGGAGAGCAGCUUCACAAACUGCGUGUGCCAAUGCGUGUGCUGGGCGCCAGCUGGCCACAGAGAAACUCGUGCACCCAGAGACAUCAGCACAUGCCGCGUGUUAAUGCACACACCAUCUGCCAACAUGUAGUUCUAUAUGGAUGAUAACGUGUAGGCACCUCUAUAUUCACACAGCUGAAUGCGCUGUACAAAAGUAUUGGGCACAUGCAGCCAUGCACUGCGUGAGCAGUACAGCUGUGCUGGCUGCAGCUACCAUCGCAGUACAUCUCACAAGCUGCGAAGGCUCAGGCUUGGUUAACAUUUGGAUGGGAGGCAUGUAAGGAAAAUUACAUUUCCCAUGCAAAUCAGAUAUACAUGCAUAUUUACACAACGCAUAACCCCAAGGUUAAUGAAACUGACCUUUGCGAAGUUCUGCACAAGGAUGAGAGAGAUGAUCAGAGAUGAACACGUGCACACAAAGCAAGCUCUCCUCUGCAGUGGAUGGGGGAAGGCAACCUUUGUGGCUGAGUCAAAUAGAUGCUGGGUUCAGAUUUCACCUGCUAAAAGGCCCUGUCUAUAGCCUGCAAAUUCUUUGCUGGCAUCAAAGAAUCUCCUAGAUCCCCAGGCCCACAGUGAAACACUUGGGAGGACAGAAAUCCCUCUGAGACACAGACAGGCAAUUUCCCAAGGAUUCGGAGGUUCCCGUUUAUGUUUUUGUGUGCCACGGAUUUAUUAUAAAUGAGCCCAAUCCCAAACAGUCAUUUUCUAAGAUGUUUUGAAACAGGAUAUUAUUGGAGAAGUUUCUGCCUGAUGUUUAGAUCACACACCUGGCUGUAAAGAUGAAAGCAAUAAAAACGGAUUGUCUAUAUGUGAAA